AUGGCCGCUGCCGACGGUAACGUGGACGACGCCCUGACCAGCCUGCACUGGCUGCAGAACCUCAACAUCAUGACCCGCAUCGGAGCCCCGACACCGCCGACGCCGCCCGCGAGCCCUCCCAGUUGCGGAUCGGGGUGCUUGGCCGCAAAGACCGCACUGCACGGAACCGCGACCGCCCACAGCGCAGUAUCCAGGUGCGCGGCGGCUGUGGCGGCCGAGGAGCCCGACUACAAGAACCAGGCCUCGAGCAAGCCUCCGUACUCGUACGCGACGCUCAUUUGCAUGGCCAUGAAGGCCAACAAGAACAAGAUGACGCUCAGCUCCAUCUACAAGUGGAUACGCGAGAACUUCCUCUACUACCGCAACGCCGAUCCCAGUUGGCAGAACUCGAUCCGCCACAACCUGUCUCUCAACAAGUGCUUCAUCAAGGUCCCCCGGAGCAAGGACGAACCGGGCAAGGGCGGCUUCUGGAGACUGGACCCAGUCUACGCAGAUUCCCUGGUCGACGGCGUCUUCAAGAAGCGACGACCUGCUCAGCGACACCCGGGAGCACCAGGCACCGCCACGGUGCCUGCUACAGGGAGUGGUGCCAGCAGCAGCUCCAAGAGGAACCGGAGAGACCGCGGAGGUGGAGCCAAGAACAAGCAGGCGGCAACGUCGUCCACGACUCCGCCAGCCCUGAGUGGGGUCUCGGCGCUCGAGUCACACAGUGGACCUGCCGUCAUAGUGGAGCGUGUAGAUCCGGCUGCCGUCGUGAUCAUGGACUCCACGGGCGUUGUAGCGGGAGCGUCUGAGCCUCACCUGGACGACGUGUGUGGUGACCUGGGGGACUCGCUCAAGAACGAUCUGUCUUGGAUUCUCAGCGAGAGCGACUUGGACUUGGAGCAGCAACUGGAUCGAUACCGAAGCGCCGAGGACGCCGCUGCAGCGGCGGCCUUGCAACUUGAGGAAGACCUCUUUGGCAGCGGUAGCGGAGUCUCCGAUGGUGUUGUCUCCGUCAGCGGCUCGGUGCCAUCGGCCUCGAGUCCGGACUGGUGGACGUGCUUCGGUCCGGGCAGUGGUGCCGGGGGAGCCGCCGAGUCGGCAUCACUGUGCCUUCCGGUUGCGUCCGCGGCGACGCCUUCCACGGCCGCCUGCUCUUCGUCGAAUGCGGUUCAGACUUUCGAGAUGCUGUAUGGCGGUGCUGACACUGACGACGCCUGCGUGGUAGACCACCACGUGACCAUUCCGGGAGAGCUGGUUUUCGGAGAUCCGACUUCGUCCGUGACCGUCGCCCAGCAGCAGCCAUGGGCGGACUGCAAGGCAGCCCUUGAAGCAGCUGCCCUCGAGUUGGAGACGUAUGCCGAGAUGGACGUGGUGCCCGGAUACUAG